CAGUUGAUGUGUAAAGUUGCCAGUGAGUGUAUUGUGCGAUGUCUCAAGAUCAACGUAAAGGAUACUCCUCCCAGGAUAGAAGGAAGUGGAGACGGACUAAACCGUCCAAAAGUUCAUACACUAUAGAUAGAAGACCACAGCCGCCUCAGGGGAAGAAGUCAGGUAUUCCCCAGUCGAGAAAGCCACAGGUGCUGCCCAGGAAACGACAAGAACCUCUUCCGUCGCGGUCGGCUCUUAAGUGGCAGCGGAAAGAAGAAGAGUCAAAGGCUAAAGAUGACGCCAGAAAGGAGUUGCGAGGAGGAGAGCAACCACAGAAACCUGAAAGUCAGGAGGAAGACAACAAACCGCUAGAAAGGGCAGUGUUUAAACGUCCGUGCUACACUGAUCGAUUCCUGCCUGAAGACGAAGAUGACUGAUGAAGAAAACAUCCAGAUAAUAAAAUAAAAAAAAUAAAAAAUAAAGAC